AUGCAAGCAAAUUUUAACUUCCAAACUAACUAGCAAUCAUGGCAUCAAUAGCAAUAGUAUGAAGAUUAGAGAUUACCCCUAACUGAUGUUACUGAGCAAGCUCUUUACAAUCAAAAUAUGAAUCAGAACUAAUCAUUUCCAAGCUUCUAGGAUAAUGCUUAGUAAAUGAAAGCAUAAGAAUCUAUUCAUCAGCAGCAAAUGUACGGGAACUGGCAUGCCUAAGCUCAGGUCACAUUCAACUCUGGUAAGCCUGCUUUCUGCAAUCCAUUUUCCUCUGGAUUUUAAGCAAACCUCUCCUUCAACUAAACUCAGCCUCAAACUCAAUACUUCUAGUUCAACAAUAGCAACAGCAAUAACUAAGAAGAUGGAGAUGACGAUGAUGAUGAAUAUAUCGAGGGUGAAGAUGAGUACUCAACCCACAAUCAAAUUGAUGAAGAUCUCAAUGUGAUGAAUGAUAUUGAUGACAAUAUCGAAGAGGAGAAGAAGAAUGAUGACAUGAGCAGCACUGAUGAUGAAAGAGAUCUUGUUGAGUGCUGUGAGCCUGAGACUAAUGCACUAUAGGAGUUGGCUGCAGAGGCUGACAGCAACUUUGAUUUAGAAGCAUACCUCAAGUUUAGAGCUUAGCUCGAGCAAGAGGAGUAGAUGAAUCUCAACUAGUAGUAGCAGUUCUAACAACAACCACAAUGGUAGGAUCAGUCUUAAUUCUAUACAAAUGGCUCUGAUAAUUAGUAUGGUGCUGAUAAUAUGGAAUGCUGA